UGGCCGUUCGGUCCCGUCCGCGUUCUCGGCCGCUUCCCUCUCCUUUCCCCGCCUCCCGGGCCUUCGCGCUGAUUCGGCGGACGCUGGAGCUGAGCUGGAGCCCGAGCCGCAGAGACGUGGAAACGUGGAGGCCUGAGCCGGCUUGCGCCUCCCGGGCUGCGGCGCUGCCGCACUUCCCUGACGCCUCUGCCUGCGGCCAGCGGCCCGCCUGCAGUGCGUGGUGGGGCGGACGCGGAGCUCCUGGCAGGCUGAGACAGGUGGUCCUGUGGAAAUGCAGGUAUAAAGACAAGCUAUCUUGUUGCACCAGAAGAUGGGGUCAAAUAGCAGCAGGAUCAAUGAUCUUCCUAAAAAUGAGUAUUUAAAAAAGUUAUCAGGCACAGAAUCUAUCUCUGAGAAUGACCCAUUCUGGAAUCAGCUUCUGUCAUUUUCCUUCCCUGCACCAACUAGCAGCACUGAGUUGAAACUCUUGGAAGAGGCAACCAUUUCAGUCUGCAAAUCUUUAGUUGACAACAAUCCUCGAACAGGAAAUCUUGCUGCACUAAUUAAGGUCUUCCUUUCUAGAACCAAAGAACUCAAACUCUCAGCAGAAUGUCAGAACCACCUCUUCAUUUGGCAGACACAUAAUGCUUUGUUUAUUAUUUGCUGUUUGCUGAAAAUAUUCAUCUGUGAGAUGUCAGAGGAGGAGUUACAACUUCAUUUUACUUACGAAGAGAAGUCUUCUGGCAGUUACAGUUCGGAUUCAGAAGAUCUUUUGGAAGAAUUGCUUUGCUGUUUGAUUCAGUUAAUCACUGAUAUUCCACUCUUAGAUAUUACAUAUGAAAUAUCAGUGGCAGCUAUAUCAACAGUAGUUGUCUUCCUUUCCUGCCAACUCUUCCACAAAGAAGUUCUGCGACAGAGCAUCAGUCACAAGUAUUUGAUGCAUGGCCCAUGUCUUCCAUACACCAGCAAACUUGUGAAAACCUUACUGUAUAACUUUAUCAGACAAGAAAAGCCACCACCUCCAGGAUCCCAUAUUUUCCCUCAGCAGUCGGAUGGAGGAGGACUGCUAUAUGGACUGGCAUCAGGAGUAGCAACUGGGCUGUGGACGGUCUUCACACUGGGCAGUGUGGGCAGCAAGGCAGCUGCCUCCACAGAGCUUCCCUCUCCUCUCGCCAACCAGAGCCUCCUGCUUCUGCUGGUGCUGGCUAACCUGACAGACGCUCCAGAUGCACCAAAUCCCUACAGACAGGCCGUUAUGUCCUUUAAGAACACACAAGAUAGCAGUUCCUUUCCCUCAUCAGUUCCACACGCCUUCCAGAUUAACUUCAACAGCUUAUACACAGCCCUGUGUGAACAGCAGACGUCUGACCAGGCAACACUUCUGUUGUACACACUGCUUCAUCAGAACAGUAAUGUCAGAACAUACAUGCUGGCUCGCACGGAUAUGGAGAAUCUUGUUUUACCAAUUCUUGAAAUUUUAUAUCAUGUUGAAGAAAGAAAUUCACACCAUGUGUAUAUGGCCCUCAUAAUACUGCUGAUCCUUACAGAAGAUGAUGGCUUCAAUAGGUCCAUUCAUGAAGUGAUAUUAAAAAAUAUUACUUGGUAUUCAGAACGGGUUUUAACUGAAAUUUCACUGGGGAGUCUCCUCAUUCUGGUUGUAAUAAGAACCAUUCAAUACAACAUGACAAGGACAAGAGACAAGUACCUUCACACAAAUUGUUUGGCAGCUUUAGCAAAUAUGUCGGCACAGUUUCGUUCUCUCCAUCAGUAUGCUGCCCAGAGGAUUAUCAGUUUGUUUUCUUUGCUAUCUAAAAAGCACAACAAAGUUCUGGAACAAGCCACACAGUCUUUGAGAGGUUCCCUGAGUUCCAGUGAUAUUCCUCUACCAGAUUAUGCACAGGAUCUCAACGUUAUUGAAGAAGUGAUUCGAAUGAUGUUGGAAAUUAUCAAUUCCUGCCUGACAAAUUCUCUCCACCACAACCCAAACUUGGUGUAUGCACUGCUCUACAAACGGGAUCUCUUUGAACAGUUUCGAACUCAUCCUUCAUUUGAGGAUAUAAUGCAAAAUAUUGAUCUGGUGAUUACCUUCUUUAGCUCAAGACUGCUGCAAGCUGGAGCUGAGUUAUCAGUGGAACGGGUCUUGGAAAUCAUUAAGCAAGGGGUUGUUGCGCUACCCAAAGACAGACUAAAGAAAUUUCCAGAAUUGAAAUUCAAAUAUGUGGAAGAGGAGCAGCCCGAGGAGUUUUUCAUCCCAUAUGUCUGGUCUCUGGUCUACAACUCAGCAGUAGGCCUCUACUGGAACCCACAGGACAUCCAGCUGUUCACAAUGGAUUCUGACUGAGGCAGGGUGUACUCCUGCCCACACCACAGCCGGACAGCCCUGCUAGUUGUUUUAUUCAAGGGAACAGAAACAGACAGGUCGCCGAUGUGUCUUCUGUCACAUGAGUGUUCCCCUCUCACACUGUGGAGAAUUGGUGCCAGCUGGCCAUAGAUCACUCAGCUUAGAUUGUAGUACAGGGAGGGGUGUGCACAACAACAAUAAAUGUAAA